CGUGACAGUCGCAACAGAAACCAACCAACCAACCCGUAGCGGUAGUAGUGUGCGCAAUACGCACCCCCCAUCUUAACUGCCAAAACGAACAUAACUCCCUCCAAAUUUCAAAUCCCAUUUCCCAACAAACCACUCUCUCUCUCUCUCUCUCUCUCGCUCAAGAAAACACGAUGACGAUGCCUUCUCUCUCUUUCUUCAUCACUCUCACUCUCUCCCUACUCCAACUAACUACCUCACUCCCAACCCAACUCGGCGUCACAUACUCCACCGCCGCCACCACCACCAAACCACCGCCGCCGGACCAAAUCUCCGCCGCCCUCUCCACUCUCAAACUCACCUCCCUCCGCAUCCUCAACCCAGACCCUACUCUCACCCGCGCCUUCACCUACACAAACACCUCUCUCCUCCUCACAAUCCCCAACUCCCUGAUCCCUCCCAUCUCCGCCAACCGCUCCGUCGCGCUCCGCUGGCUCUACCUCCACGUCGUCCCCUUCUACCCUCGCGCCAAAAUCACCACCAUCUCCGUCGGCCACGACUUCCUCGACGAAUACUACUCCUCCCCAGGCCUCUUCUCCUGCCUCCUCCCCGCCGUCCGAAACGUCCACCUCGCCCUCCGCGACCUCGGCAUCCACCGCAUCUCCGUCUCCACCACCUUCUCUUUCGUCAACAUCAUCUCCACUCCGUUCCCGCCUUCCUCCUCCGAGUUUCAACCCCCAGCCUCCGAGAGCUUCAUCAAGCCACUGCUCCAGUUCUUGCGCGACACCAACUCCUCGUUCCUGAUCAACAUCUACCCUUACAAGCUCUACAGGCUCAACUCCGAGAUCCCGAUCGGCUUCGCCCUGUUCCAGGACCAUCCGUUCAACUUCCGCGACGACUUGAUCACCGGCGUCCGGUACCGGAACCUCUUCGACAUGAUGGUGGACUCGGUGGUUAGCGCCAUGGCCGUCGCCGGCUACGAGAAUAUUCCGGUGGUCGUGGUCGAGACGGGGUGGCCGAGCUCCGGCGCCGACACGAGCGAGGUCGAGGCUAAUCCGGCUUACGCCGAGAUGUAUCUGAAGAACCUUGUGGAGCAUUUGAGAUCGGGGACCGGCACGCCGCUGAGGAAGGAAGGAGUGGCGGAGGUGUAUAUAUACGAGCUGUUUGACAAGGAAGUGAAGCUAAGGAAUGAUCGGAAUUGGGGGAUUCUGUAUCCGAAUAUGACCAAGAAGUACAAGAUCGAGUUCUCUGGGUGUGGGUGCAAUGGUAUCAUCAAUCACCAAACUGGUUUCGUGAGAGUUGUGUCUUUCUUGCUCUUUGCUUUCUUGCUUUGGCUUUUGCAGUAGUAGUGAAAAGUAUAGUACAAAAAUCGAUUGCAUUUUCUUGAUGCUGAUUCUUGUAAAGAUGAGACAAUUCUUCGUGUCUAUAAUCAGAAUUUGGUUUUAGGGGUAAAGUGUUUGAUAAAAAGAAUUCAAUGAAAAUACAGGUUUAUGUUUCACAGAAAAAAGGUUUGUUAAUGAUUUGUUAAGUGUAUAUGGCUACCCAAAGAUUUGAAUGGUUCUGUCUAAUAUUUGGUCUCUGGCACAUUUGUUCUAAUACAUGUGAUAUUUGAUUUGAUAAGUGUGUGUGUGUGUGAUUAGCAUU